UACUUAUCAUUAAAACGUUCGUAUAUGUGUGUGUAUUGUUUUGGAAAAACGCCUGCGCAAGUUUCCCUUUUGAAAGGAAGGUGGGUAGGGGUAACGCGGGAUUCAGGGGCGAAAUUGCACCGUGGUUUUCAACUACCGGAUAUCAGUGAAAGACGGACGGUCUCGCGGUUAAGUCGUCCUUUGCGAUUCCAUGUCGCCUUAUCUCGUCCUAUUCCUACGCUACGGAAUUUUGGCGGUUAUUUUGAAAAAUGGUUUCUGUGAUGAAAACGAAUACAAAUUGACAAAACACUUGUUGGAUGGAUACGAUGCUGCUGUGAGACCAGCUAAAAAUUCAUCCGAACCUUUGACCGUUGUCUUUGGUCUUGCACUUCAUCAUAUCAUCGAUGUGGAUGAAAAAAAUCAAAUAUUAACGACUAAUUGUUGGGUCACACAAGUCUGGACCGAUCACCAUUUGAAAUGGAACACCUCCGAAUUUGCUGGAAUUCAAGUUAUUCGUGUACCAUACAAUCGUGUUUGGAGACCUGAUACUAUACUUUAUAACAACGCAGAUCCGCAGUAUAGUUCAUCGAUAAUAAAUACAAACGUGAUUGUCAAUCAUACAGGAGAAGUGGUAUGGUUAAGUCAUGGUAUUUUUCGUAGCAGUUGCGAUAUCGAUGUUGAAUUUUUUCCUUUCGAUGAACAAAGGUGUGCCUUGAAGUGGGCCUCUUGGACUUACGAUGGAUAUCAGAUCGAAUUAGAGGAACAAAGUAAAAAAGGUGACAUAAGUAAUUAUCAGGCAAAUGGUGAAUUUGAUCUUGUUGAUUUUUCUGCAAGAAAAAACGUGGAAUAUUAUUCUUGUUGUACAGAACCAUAUCCGGAUAUCACUUAUGAGAUACGUUUAAGACGUAGAUCCAUGUUUUACGUAUUUAAUCUUAUACUUCCUUGUAUACUUAUCAACGGUAUCGCUCUACUGGUAUUUUAUGUACCUUCGGAAUCUGGAGAAAAAGUCACACUUGGGAUUUCGGCACUACUUUCGAUGACCGUCUUUCUAAUGACAAUACGUGAAACUUUACCACCAACCGAAAAAACACCACUGAUCAGUCUCUAUUAUGGAGUAAGCAUUUGUCUGGUGUCGUUCGCGUCAGGAUUAGCGGUAUUGACUUUGAAUUUACAUCAUCGUGGCACGAGAGUACCCGAAGUUGUGAGAUCGUUAGUUCUACACAAGCUGGCAAGAAUAGUGUUUCUUAAUUUUCAAGAAGAUAAUAAGUCGGAAUCUGCAGAAUCAUCAUCAACGAGAAAGGUAAAUAGUUGUCCAUUACAUUGUAAAAGUGAUUUAUCUCAUCAACAAAUGACGUCACCUAAGCACGUUAAAAGAAAGCAGGAUAGUAACAGUAGCAGUCCUAAUCUUGAAUUUGGAAAGGAUUCUAAUCUGGAAAUUCAAUGGACUCGCAUUUUGGCAAGAGUGCAUGCGACUAUUGAGAGAAACGAAAGGCGUUUAGCUGAACAAGAUAAAAGAGAAAGAACGGAAUUGGAAUGGAAACAAAUCGCUUUAGUUAGUGAUCGUAUAUUAUUAGGUAUUUUCUUUCUAAUGACUAUCGUUAGUACAGCCGUUAUUUUAUACGGUUCGCCACCACCUACUACACAAAAUACAAACUAUGAUUAAUCUUAAAAAAUGAUUCUUGACAUUCUAUCAAAGUCAAUUUUUUUUGUAUAAAACGUCAAAUUACGAUUGCUCUCAAUAUUAAUUACAUUUAAUCGUACUAUGCAACGUAUUAAAGUAUUAGAAUGAUAUACAGUAAUUUAGAAAGCAAGAAAAAAAAAAAAAAGACUUUGAAACUUAAGCAUUGUAUUGUGACUCGAUUGUGAAUGUUUACUUUUUUUCAUUUAAAACAAUUAAUUUUUUGCUAUACUCCUUUUUACACUGUGAAAUUUAAUAAUCAUAAGUUUACUUGUUAAAGACAAAUGUCAUAUUGUAAAUAUUAUAUAACAAAUAUUGUAUACGAACAUUUUAUCUCAGCUGCAUAAAUUCAAUCGAUAAAUUAAGUAUAAUAGUCAGGUACCGGUGCACAGGCAAUUUUUACAAAAUCUUCAUAUUUGACAUUACCGUUGAUGGAUACAUUGGCUUCUCGAAAGAUUUGUUCAACUUUGGUAUAAAGAAUAUUAGCGCAUGAAAAUUGAUUGAAGAAGCAUGUGAGCCAGUUGUCGUGCAGGUAUUGUACCUGUAUGUGCAGUAUCUGCAGCUUGAAAAGCUUCUAUUACUUCUUUUGGAAGAUCUUCUGCUCUUGUUUGCAAAUGCAUAGCUUCUAGAAAAUCAGCGAAUGACAUUUUUCCACCUAAGGUAUAUAAAAAGGAGAUUUAAUACUUUAUCCCAUAAUUUAAACUAAACAUGAUAGCUGAUUGAUUAAAAAAA